AUGAAACGACGAACACUUCUUAUACUCUUCUGUUUAUUUAAUUUAAUUUUUAAUGCCGGUGCGCUUAAUUUACAAUCUGAAUCAAAGAUUUAUCAUUUGAAAUUAAACACUUCAAACACAUUCCAAACAAGUCAGUAUGAGAACAAUGACAAUCUGUUUAGCGUCAAUAAAUCUCACAUUGAUAAAAUGCUAUCUUCAAAUCAAAUUAGUACAGGCACCAAUUCAUGGACCUUUAAUUCUACACUACUGUACACAAUGAAUAGUAAUUCGGACGAGUUUGAUUUUCAGUCAUCUACUAUGAAUCAAAAAAUCAUUGAAGGGGUUCUAAGACUUCUCAGAAAACAAACUGCCAAUAGUAGUACAGUUUAUUUUAAACAUUCGACAAGUCGUUCAAGACGCUCAUUAUCUCUUUCCGAUCACUUGUCUUCAACAUUAUCAUCCAUAUUAUUACCAUCAACUUCAAUGUCUUCAACUAUUGCUUCGGAUGAUUUAGAUUUUGUUCGUGUUAAAAUUCAAGGAAUUAUAUUCGAUGUGAAAUUUCAGCGGCCUGACUAUAAAUCAAACGGUGCAGCGCAUUUACGCAAUCUCAUGAAACCAUAUCCUCAUCUAUUAUUAGAUCCACAUUAUACAGAACAAGUAAUUACAGCUUAUAAUCCUUUGGUUAUGCAAAAUCAAAUAUGUAAAGAAUUUGAACAAAACCAAUCGAGUCAUUAUGUUGCUAAUAGUUUCUUCAUUGUAAAUGAUAUUGGUGCACUUGUUGACAGACCAAUGCAUGAUAGACUACAUCGAUUAUUCUUUCAAAUCACAUCUGCACUUGGUAUACCAAGUAUCACAUGGUUACCGAAUAGAGUCGGACAGUUUGAGCUUGAUGAUUCACAAUUAGCUAUUCGAUUAGAACCUUUAACAUGGCAUGUUGCAAGAGCAUUGGUUGAUUUUAUGCAUGCGUACAAAUGGAAUCUUGUAAUCAUGGUUUACAAUACACAAGUACCUGGAUCAGAUGUAUUAGUUGAGGAAUUUAGAAAAUUGCAAGUUGAACGAAGUGCACAAGAUCAUCCAAAUUAUUUUGAAUUUGAAAUAAAUUAUCAAUUUCCUUUUGAAGGAUUGACUUCUAUUGAAUUUACAGAAUGCAUCAAUCAAAUGUUAAGAGAGAUUCGACCAUGUUUAACACCAUUAAUUAAUAUUUUAGAAAGUAUAUGGCGUGCCGAUGCAAGAGUUAUCAUAUUCAAUGGUAAUUUUUUUGAUCUAAAUACACUACUUUACAUAGCGGAUAGUUUGAACGGUACAAAACAUGAACACUUGAAAGCAUUGUUUGGAGAAGACUAUGUCUGGAUUUACACUCCGUCAACAAUGAGUUCUCUUACUGUGGCUGAUAAUCAAGACAAAGUAUCGGCUGAUAAUAAUGUUCUUGCAGAAUCGACUAUGUUUAAAAAAAUUCCUGGAAUGUUUGGCUUAAUUUGUUUAAAUGAUUAUACCAGUCGAAAAAGAAGUGCUGAAAUAGCACGUGAAGUUUGGCAAAAAUCAAUGAUUGAAUUAAUUUAUCAGCUAACUCAAAUCUAUCCACCGGACAGAUCGGUACAAAUCGAUACCCCGAAUAAAGAUACACUGAUUUAUUUCAAACAGAUUUUGGAGAAACUUAGACCUGUUAGAUUAUGCCAAUUUUCUGACCAUUUAAGUUGGCAGUGGGGAAGAAGAAUGUAUGAUAUUAUGCAUACAGUUGUUGUGAAUGUGGAUAGUGAACCGAUAAGUUUUUUGCCGAAUGGUGGAUUAAAUGUUUCCAAAUUAUUUAUUUAUAAUUCAAGAAUUAUUGAUGGUCGAAUGAAAUGGUAUAAGGUUGGAACGUGGUCAAUGAGUAGCAAAUGGGGUCGAAGCAAAUCAAGAUUGAGAAUAGAUGGUGUAACAUGGCCUGGUGCAUCGAAUUCUCCACCUAAAGGUCGACCAAGUAAAUUCAAACUUCGUGUAGUAACUAUUAAAGAAAUACCAUUUGUAAUUUAUAGCAAAGCUCAAGAAGGUGGGACAUGUGAUGCUAAUUCAAUUCCGUGCAAACUUAGACCACAGUCUUUACAAGAUGAAGAUAUACCUGGAAAGAAUUCAGUCAUGCAUAAGACUUUAAGUUCACUGGGAUUAAAUUCUUAUCAUAAAGAUUUUAACAAACAAAUGAAACCAGAAAUGUUCACUACGAAUGUUAGCACUUUUUCAGAAUUAAAUAGUUCGUAUGAGAAUAAUUCCAUUAGUUAUGUGAAUGGUUGUUGUUCUGGACUAACGAUGGAUUUACUGAUGGAAUUGAUGAAAGAUUUAAAUUUCGAUGUUGAAAUGUAUGAAGUUAAAGAUGGUUUCUGGGGCGCUUGGACACCAGACGGAUGGAAUGGUAUUAUACGUGAUCUAAUAGAUAAUAGAGCUGAUAUGGCAGUAACAUCAUUGAAGAUUACUCCAAACAGAUCCCAACAAAUUGAAUUUAGUGUACCAUUUCUAGAAACAGGUAUAGCAGUUGCAGUGGCUUUGAGAGAAGGUGCUAUAGCUCCAACAGCUUUUUUAAAGCCAUACGAUUAUCAAUGUUGGUGUGUGAUCCUAGUAUUCAGUGUACAUGCAACUGGUGCAGCGUUGUACAUUUAUGAAUGGUUUAGUCCAAAUGGAAUGAAUCGUGGACACACAACAGAUCAAAAUCAUCGAUUCUCAUUUUUUCGUUCACUGUGGCUUAUCUGGUCAAUGUUAUUCGGUGCUGCUGUAAAUGCGGAUAAUCCAAGGGGAAUGGCUAGUCGAUUUAUGGCCAAUAUAUGGGCAUUAUUCGCUCUUGUAUUUUUAGCAUCAUAUACAGCUAAUUUGGCUGCUUUUAUGAUUGCUAAAGAAGAUUAUUUCGAACUGAGCGGUAUAAAUGAUUGGCGUUUACAGCAUCCAUGGAAUGUGAAACCUCCAUUUCGAUUUGCUACUAUACCAAGUGGUGCUACAGAAGAGAACAUCAAAAUAAAUUUCCCUGAAAUGUACAAAUACAUGCGAAAAUAUAAUAAAUCCGAUGUUGAAGAUGGCUUAAAAGCAAUGAAAUCAGGACAACUGGAUGCUUUUUUAUAUGAUGCCAAUGUAUUGGAUUAUUGGACAAUGAAAGAUGAAGGUUGUAAACUACGUACGGUAGGAAAUUUAUAUGCAAUGACCGGUUAUGGAAUUGGUUUUGCUAAAAAUAGUCGAUGGUUGACGAAAGUUAAUUCACGUAUUUUAGAUUAUCAAAAAAAUGGAAAAUUGCAACGUUGGAAAAAAUUUUGGCAAACAGGUUCAUGCAAAAAGGAUGCUGCUGUUGGCAAUACAAAUAAAACUUUAGGAGUUAAGAAUUUUAUCAGUGCUUUUAUUUUACUUGUUUGUGGAAUGCUUAUUUGCACCGUAUUCUUGUUAAUUGAAUAUAUAUUCUAUUGGUAUGCAAAACCAAAAUUACAAAAAAUCAAUCAAAGCAAUUGGUUCGGUCGACUUAAGUUGAAUGCCAAUUAUUCAUCCAAUUUAUCUGAACAAAACAAUCAGAUUGUGGACGUAAGACUUUCUAAACAUAAAUGUGAUAAUCCAAUUUGUGAUAUAAAAUCCAAAAACUAUGCUAAACAAAUUGAAUUACUACAAAAUCGAUUGGAUGAACUACAAAAAUCUUUACAAAAAGAGAAUUUAUCAAUUAAACAAUGCAACAAUUCAUGUAAAAAUCAUUUUGAGGACAAACUAAUAACAUUGGAUUCGUGUAAGUAUCCUAAAAUAAAAGAGAAAGGAUCUAGUGGUACAUUGCGCCAAUUAUCUCAAUCAGAAGUGAAAGGAAAUGAUGAUAAAAACAAAUCUCACAUGAAAAAUUACUCUAUUACCAAGCCCAUUCUCAACAGCACUAUGAAUAAUAAUGCUAAUAGUUACACGAAAAUGAAUACAGAUGGAGGUUAUGUAAAAGCAACAAAAACCACCACAACUGCUGUUACCACUCCAAGAAAGAGUAUCGGUCGAUUAUCAAAAAAUACACAUCAUCAUAAAGUAACUAUCAUACCAGUUGUUGAUUACAAUGCAAAUUAUGAUGAACACGGAAAUCAUAGGAUAACACCAAACAACGCAGAAAUACAGUAUGUGAUCUUACCAAGGUUGGAUUCAUCACCGAAUCGACGAAGACGAUUUGUUAAAACACAAUCGGUUGAUCCUUAUCAUAAUCUUCCAACAUGUCAAACAAACGUGUAUUUUGACACAACUGAUGAUGUACCAAAUUUCAAUGAAACACAAUCAGUUUUACAAAUAAUCGACCCAAAUGAUAUGAUUAUUGAUUCUGUACAAAAUAAUUAUUUUACUGACAAUCAAAUCGCUGAUUCUAGUCAGUUAAAGCAGUAUACAGCUUUAACAGAUAGUUUAAGUAAAGUAGGUAAAAAUUUGACAUCAGUGAACUUCAAUCAACAAGAACAACAACGAGGUAUAGAUUGUCUAAUUGAAAAAGAAUCUGUCUUGUGA